UUCCAGAAAGCUGCUCGCCCCAGCGUGCUCUUGCCUCUGCAGGAUGUGCCGCAGCUGCGUCCCACGCUGAUUAAACUGCUGUAUUUCAGAUGAGAUGCAAAGUCACUUCCUACCAGUCUGCACACAUCUCACACACAGUGCGUAUCCGCGCAGCUUCCAGCACACACGUGGACGUGAAUCAGAGGGAAUUUACCAGAAAGUCGUGAUCAUCGGUAAACCAAAGGCAGAACAGAGCAGGCUGGAGGCACUUUGAGGGUUUGCUGAAGACUGCAGCAGCAGCAGAGACGUUUCAGACACCUCAACCUGCGACAACAGGAAACGAGAGAGCGCCAGAGGGACAGAAGUGAAACUACUGCAUCGAUGAAGCUUCGACCCCACCACGUUCCCCAGCUGUCCGUGAACUGAGGCGAUGGAGAGCCCGUCAUCCACAGUGAGGCGGCGAGCCUGGAUCAACAGCAGCCGCCAGUGGCCCACUCUGGAGGAGCUGGACUCUGAAGGACCGCCGUGCAUCUUCCCCUCUACCUCGAUAGCAGACGAUGAUGUCUUUUCCGACGGAUGCUUCACAGGAAAGAUUGAGAACUGGCUCCUGGGCUGCGGGUCAGAGGCCUGCUCAGAAAACUCUGGUCAGCUGAGUUUCGAGUAUGGCCUGAAAACUAACCAUUUUGAUGAUGAGCUGAGUCUUGGUGCUGACGCGUCUGUGUUGAAUGGUAGAGAAUUUACGGAUGAAGCUGGCCUCGUCCGACAUUGUUCCAUCAAUCAAGGUCACAAGAGACUCAGCAGCAGCACACCUCGUCAGACACUUUGUCUGCCAUCGCUGAACUUGGGCCACAGCAUGGCCUCCAGCUGCCUCUCCUCCUCCACCUGUAAAACUGCAUCAAGUGUAUCGGAGGUUCUGCAGUUGUGCUCGGAGGAUGCAGAGGAGACGCUGUACGAGCUUGGCUUCGGCUGCGAUGAACCACAGGUCACCGUUCGCAUCCCUCCUCGCUUCUUCACUUUCCCCUCUCUGGCUCAGGGCAUCAACUUCCGCCUCUUCCUGGACUCGCAGCUACGGCGGAUACGAGAGGAAGACCCCAGCCUCUCUCUCGCUAGUCGCUUCAGACAAGUACAAGUGCUCACAGCAAUGGCCAACGCUUUCUACUCCCUCUACUCUCACGUUUCCCGCACUCCACUCCAGAAAUUGGCAACACCAGAGUUUACCUUCUCUUCGUCGCCCGUGGAGAGGAUUGGACGCUUCAGGAGCAGCGUUCGCAGUGAACCACGGUCUCCUGUGGAGAGACUGAAGGACACCGUCUCUAAGAUGUGUCUUUACACGGGCUCUCCACGAGGGUCUGACUCCACCUCUCCACAGCCCUCACCCAAAAAAAGGUCCAGCCUCCCUGAUGUCGUGGACAUAGUGCUGGAUAAUGUCAAGACUGGGGUGUCCAAGAAGUUGGACUUGGGUGACUAUAAUAGGAGAAAUUCAGCUGUGUGUGUGAGAUUGGUUACGGGCGGUGAUAAAUCCUGUGACGGUGGGAAAGAGGAACGACCAGAGCAGACCACGAUGGACACAGAGACACUUCACAAUGUAAUAAAAGUCUGUCAUCGGGAGAUGUUGGGCAGUAAACAAACAGAUGAUGUUGAUGCCGAUGAAAACAGCAUCAAAGCAGUUGGCCUUGACAGUAGGACUCACAGUGUAAGAACAUCUCUUGCGUCGUCAGUAUCAGGAGAAACUGUGAUAGAAGCAGAUCAUCAGUUUCUUUCAUGUCAGCCAGAGCUGAGCUCAUGCUCAACUCAGAGUGAUACUGCGCAUCUGAAACCAGUUGCCAAGGUUACAUUUGAUCUAAUCUGCCCACGGAUAGUUGAGAGCGUACACCAGACACCUUUCUGCACUCAUAGUCCUAAAACAUACACUGCUGUCUGCUGUGAGACAGUACCCUCAGACAGACCAAGUCCUGGAUCACAAAUGCAAACGGCUGCCUCUGAGCCUGAUGAGAACUCUCACACAGGUGCAACCAGGUCACUUCCUGUCAUGGCCUCCACUGGUAGCUUCGCCCAGUGCUACAUCACGGUGACUGGCUGGGAGGAGCAAGAUGUUUCUUCCUGUUCUCUGAACACACCGGAUUCCAGCCAUACUUCAACCGUCCAGACUUCUGAAGAGUCUUUCAACGAGGGGAAAAGCCAGUACCUCAAUCCACUGGCAAAUCAGAACCUGGGGCAGGUCUCGAAUAACCUGCAACAGGUUAACUCCUUUGAGCUGGAGGAGGUGCAUAGUGGAGAAGAGGAAGAUUUUGGACAAUCAGAGACUACAAGAACUAUAAGAACUUCUCCGCUGUUGAAAAAACGUCAGUACAAAGGUACUGUGUGGUAUGGUGAAGUGGUGCGAGGCGACAGCAUGCAGUCAGACAGCAGCGGCUACGCGGACGAAGAAGUCAGUCCCUCACAUAACAGAUGACAGAAAAGCCAGAGCUCCAAUUAAAUGUUUUCACGCCUGUGGAGUUUUUCUUCCACUGAAGACUGAACUUGUUCAACUAAGGAUUAGCAAAGUGCAUCCAUGCAAGGAACUCCAACCAGGCCCAAAAGAUUUCUUUGGACUGGGUCACCCGACGCUGAACAGAGCAUAUUGUGAAUCGGUAAACGUGAAACUGUCUUGAUGUAAUACUGUGGGGACAACUUUUUAAUAGAAUGGUAAUUCAAUCAGGAAUUUUAUUUAUUUAUUUAUUUAUUUAACCGGGAGUGCCCCUUAUGAACCUCCGUUUCAAGGGGGGCUGCCAUUAGCCACAUAAACACACACACUUACAGACAGAAAACACAAAAGGGGACAAAGUACAACAAACACAGGGAACUCUUCAAAAGGAGACAUUUCCGCGAGUCAGUUGCGUAACCAGAUAAAUUAAAAACACUGACAUCAGAAGGAAUCUGCCUCUAAUUCUUCUUAAAAUGAAAGCAUGUUGAAGUCAUUAUGACAACAUUUGGCAGUAAAGGUUACAAAAAUGUUUUAUUGGAAACAAAUUCAAUUUCACAUGGAGCUCACAUUGUAGUUCAUUGUUCUGGGCAACAUUUUCUACCACCACAACAAAAAGUCUCAAACGUCUAAAUGUCAGCAUUGACGUCAACAGUGUCAGCACCUAAAAUUCACUAAAAUCAGAGGUUCAGUUCCUUAUUUCACUAAUCAGGAAAAAGAUUAUGCAGAUCAGCCUUUUUACAGAAUGAGGUUACAUCAAACACACUGUAUGUAUACUGGGGAGAAGAGACGAACAGAAACCUGGUCAGCCUGCAUUGUGCAAAGGACAUCUUUUCAUGUAGUGCAAACCGUUUUCUGUUUUCAGUACUGAUUUCAAAUGAGUGCAAGGCAGUGUAUGUACCCAUAUGCAAGUUGUAUGCAAGUUGUACAGUAAGUUGUGCAGAAAUGAAUCUGUGCAGCACAACACAACAGGUAGCUGGAAAAAAGAUUUUUAAAUGUUACAACGGGAAUCAUAGUCGCACUGACAGAAAAAAAAUGGCAACGCUUAAAAUUAGAAAUGAAACAAUAAAGGAAAAAGAGAGCACAACAUUUGAAAGUCCAAAUGAAGGUUUUAGCAGCUUAAUGAUUAUAGUUUGAGCAACGCUUUAUCAUAAGACCUGAUUACCUUACCUUGUUUGUUUUACCCUAAAAUGGACUGGUGAAGCUCUUCAAGCAAAGUCCGUGUGCUAAAAGAAAUGUAAUCAGAAAAAGUUUUAAAGCAGUUAAUUAAACUUUACAAUGUGGUUUGCACAUUCGGGAGUUAACUGAACCAAUAAGUUGAUUUUAAAUUUAAUAGCAAUAUUUUUUUAAAUUCACACUCCAAAGAGACAUAGUGUGAGUUUUCCCUCUUGGUGUUUGUAAUUGUGAGGACCUUCCUAAACAGGCCAGAUCUUGAAAGAAAGUCUAUAAAAGGGAAAAACUGCACACAUUACCAGACAGUUCAUAUCAUCGUAUUCUGUCAUCCGAUUCUACCGAAACUCCUCUCAGUUUCUCCUUUAGGAACACCAAAGAGUGACAGGAGCAAUUUCUAAAUUUAAACCUUAUUUGAGUGCAUACUGUUAAAAAAAGAUAACAUGGUGAGUUCUAAACCGGGAAAAAAAAUGUCCAAAAUUCAAAUCUUAGAGGCCCAACAUUAAGAACAUCACAGAUGACAGUCUGAGAUGUUUUGCCGUGUUUUCAAUGCUCCUUCAAGCUCAUCUGAAAACGGGGCAGUCUUUAAAAUAAUAAUCCUUUGACAGCGAAUCAGCAGAGUCCUUUUCUCUCCAUGUUUCUGCUCACGGCUGGAAAUUUUUCCUCUGUUAAUCCAAGACAUGACCGUGGAUGGGAUUAAACAAAGCACCAAUACUCGGCGAAUCCGUGGUCCAAUUUCUACAAACCCCUUUGACCUUUUGCACUUGUUGUUGCAUCAGAAUUUGCAGUUAUCUGGGAACUCAUGCGAGAGCACCAUUACUGAUAUAAUAUUAAGACUUUCUAAACUUUUGAUUUGUGGAAAAUACAGUGCUGCAUAUGCUAAGCAAACAAAACGUGAAACACUGACAGAAAAAGCAUUUUUAAAUAAUUUCUGACAAAAACGCAAAAUCUCAAGUGCAUGAGUUUUUGGGCUAAAUCUUCAAUGGCAACAAUAAGAGAUUGACAUGACCAAAAAAAAAAAAAAAAGCUGCAGGGGU